AUGUAUGACAACAUCUCUGAUUUCACAAGAUAUGAUGACGACCAUGACCCCGAACACGGUGAAGAAGAAGUUUUACAAACAUCCAUUAAGACAGGAAAGGUUUUAACACAAAGUCUCAUUAUUGACACCAAAGAUGGCGAAGUGGACGUUCUUCAAGAGCUGAAGAAAAAUACUUCUUCGGGAGGUGGUGGUAGGCAUGAACUUGAAAUAAAUGAGAUAGAAGAGAAAUUAGCCGAAAAAGCAGAUAAAGAACAUAAACACAAUAUCUCCGAUAUAAAUGAACUUCAAGCUACAUUAAAUAGUAAAGCGGACAAAAAUGAACUUGACGCAACGAACAAAGUUUUGAAAUCUCAUAAACACAAUAUCUCCGAUAUAAAUGAACUUCAAACUUCUUUAGACAAUAAAGCAGACAAAAACCAUGUUCAUUAUAUAAGUUCUGAUGAACAGAUUAUAACGGACUAUCAUGGAUAUUUAACACAGGGUGAAAAAGUGAAUACGAAAAAUGUUAAUGAAAGAAGAUAUAAAUUCAUUCGUGCUAAAGGUUAUGACAUACACUGUACUGUACAGUAUGACACAGGUAUAGCACCACAAUCAUUUGGUUAUAACGCUGAAAUUUAUGCUUCAUACUUCUUUGUUAACGGUGUAUUAGUUGAACCAAGAUUUACUUUGAGAGUUAAGUCAAAAAUAACUUUUGAAGAUGCUAUUAAAAGUAAAGCUGACAAAACAGAACUUGACGCAACGAACAAAGUUUUGAAAUCUCAUAAACACAAUAUCUCCGAUAUAAAUGAACUUCAAACUUCUUUAGACAGUAAAGCCGACAAAAAUCAUACACAUAAAUCCUUCACUACUGUUAGAGCAGACGACAUAAUAUUGAACUAUACCCUUGGUUCAAGUGCACCUUUAGAGAAUCCAAGUACAAGC